AGUGAAUCGAUACCAACGUCAGAAACAUCAGCUUCGAACUUGAGAGCAGAUAUCUUGAGAUUCAAAUCCUAAGUCACACCAAACCAGGAACCUCACAAACAAACCCACCGCGAUCAUGCCUUCCCUCAUCGACUCCCUUGGCAGCUUCAUCUCUUCGAUCUUCGGUGCCAUCACCGCUGUCCUGAGCUCAAUCCUGGCCGUCUUCCAAUCUCUGGUCAGCACCAUCUGGGAUAUUAUCUCGACCGCUUUCGCUGCUGUUGGUAUCAUGGUAUCUGGUCUGGCGCAGACAUUUGAGGGUUUGGUGAAGUUCUUUUUGAGCAACAUUGUCGUUAUUGGGGGAAUUGUUGCCGCUCUGUUCUUGUAUGGAGUUUAUCAACAACGAAACGGUCGCCCGAUUACUGCAGCACCGGGGAAGAACAAGAAGGUCAAUUAAGAAAGAGGGGUUGUGGAGUAAAGAGAGGAAACUUGGAGAAACGGAUCAGGAAGUAAUGAUGGACCUUGGUCUCGACGGACUUGCGCCGGCGGUGGAUGAUAGCGAAUGGAGGACUAGAUAGAUACCACAAUAGCAAAUGCAAUCAAUGAUUAGGCAAAUUGAUUGUCCUACGUUCUGA